AGUCCCCCAAUCCCAGAGAGAGUCAAAUGAAGAGAGGUACUGACUCCUGUCCCACCCAGGACGCAGCCUUCAGCCUCCAGCCUUCUGAGGCAGAGUAGGCAUUUCUGCACGUCUGCAAAAGGAAGGGAGGGAAGCACUCCAUCAUCUCAUUGAGAAGAACAGCGCGGGCAUACCUGCAGCUACUGGGGUUCCAUUGGGCUUGAGGGUCGAUUUGUCACCUUUUGAAGGACGAGAUGCAUUGGAAGACGUUGCUGCUUCUGCUGUUGUAUUACAAUGCUCAGGCUUCUAUGUGCCACAGGUGGAGCAGGGCCGUGCUCUUCCCUGCUGCCCACCGGCCAAAGAGGUCCUCAUCACUGCCAUUGAACCCAGUCCUGCAGACCUCCCUGGAGGAGGUGGAGCUGCUCUUUGAGUUCCUGCUGGCCGAACUUGAGAUCAGCCCUGACCUGCAGAUCUCCAUCAAGGACGAGGAGCUGGCCUCCUUGCGGAAGGCCUCGGACUUCCGCACCGUCUGCAACAAUGUCAUCCCCAAGAACAUCCCAGACAUCCGCCGGCUCAGCGCCAGCCUCUCCAGCCACCCUGGCAUCCUCAAGAAAGAAGACUUUGAAAGGACAGUGCUGACCCUAGCCUAUGUGGCCUACCGCACAGCCCUGUCCCACGGCUAUCAGAAGGACAUCUGGGCGCAGUCCCUCGUUAGCCUCUUCCAGGCCCUGAGGCAUGAUUUGAUGCGCUCCUCACAGCCGGGAGUACCUCCCUGAGAGACUGGCCCACACCAGGACCUCGGAGCAGGGACCAGCACAGUAAUCCAGAAAGUCUUCAUUCUCUACUCCAUUUACAGAGACCAGCAACAAAACACGUACCGCUGACACACAGCAGCAGAGAUCAAACAGAGUAACCCCGAUGCUCUUUUCUCCUUGUAGUUUCCUGGAAGACACAUCUGAUUCAUGCCAUCAUGUGACCUGGAAGGGCUGGAGUGGUAAUUCAAGAUGCCUCCAUGGGCAGAGUGGGUUGCCUGUGGCAGGCAGAAGUCCGAUAUGCUUCAAUCCAGAGCACCCGCCACACACACUCAAGAGUGAGGACAGGCCGGGCACAGCAGCUCAUGCCUGUAAUCCCAGCACUUCGGGAGGCUGAGAUGGGAGGAUUAUUUGAGGACACGAGUUCAAGACCAAUCUGGGCAACACAGUGAAAACCCAUCUCUACUAAAAUCACAAAAAUCAGCCGGACACGGUGGCGCAUGCCUGUAAUCCUGGCUACUCAGGAGGCUGAGGCAGGAGAAUCAUUCGAACCCAGGAGGUAGAGGUUGCAGUGAGCUGAGAUCGUGCCACUGCACUCCAGCCUGGGGAACAAAGUGAGACUCUGUCUCAAGAAAAAAAAAAAAAAAUUAAAAAAAGAGUGAGGAAUGAGCUAAAGGAGACAUCAUGGCAGGAGGAUGGGGGACAGAUUCCUUCGGUCCUAAGGGACUAGGGUGCUGGGAUGAAUGAACAUUUUUCCAGAGGUUCUAUGGUAAAUAUAAAGAAACUAGAGCUAUACCCAAAUAAAUAUAUUAUUUGCCAAGGAUAUACUUCUUGACUUUUCCAAAAGCUGCCAAGAAGAAUCCAUUAGAAAAUCAAUAAUUUUAUGACCUUUAUGUCUGAACUCUUCUUUUUUGAAAGCUGGCUUAACACAGAAGAGAAACAGGAAGGGGCCCACAGCCCAUUCCAGCCAUACCUUGUCUUUGAAUAGAAAAACCAAGCUAAUGCAGAAAGAGUCUCCCAACGAACAAGGUGGCAGGAAGGCCUGUACCUGUCUGUCUUCAUGUGAAAAUAAUUUAGCAUCAUCAGAGCACUAAAUGCUCCAAAUAAAAAUGAUUUUCAGAUGACAGAAUUCUACCCUUUCAAAUGCCAAAACUUUCCUUUCAGAGAUAUUGACUCGAUAUCUAUUUAAACUAUACAUACAUAUCACCUUAAGCUUUUGUUUAGUGUAAGAUCAUCAUUUAAACAUUCUUGUGUGUGCGUGCGUGUGUGUGUGUGUGUGUGAUAUGAGAGAGAUGGAGUCUCGCUCUGUCGUCCUGGCUGGAGUGCAGUGUCACUAUCUCGGCUCACUGCAACAUCUGCCUCCUGGGUUCAAGUGAUUCUUCUGCCUCAGCCUCCCGAGUAGCUGGGACUAUAGGCGUGCACCACCACACCUGGCUAAUUUUUGUAUUUUUAGUAGAGACGGUUUUUUGCCACGUUGGCCAGGCUAGUCUCGAACUUCUGGCCUCAAGUGAUCCACCUGCCUCGGGCUCCCAAAGUGUUGGGAUUAUAGGCGCAAGCCAUUGCACCCGGCCAUAUCAUCAUUUAAAUAUUCUAAUGAAGGAGUUGGAUAAGAUAAUCUCUAAGACUCCUACCUAUGAAGUUUCUACAAUCGUUUAACUGUGAGAUGCUAUAAGGAGAGCACCUGGACCUAAGAAGUCUGCUCAACUGUUCGUACCGACGCUGAGAGGUCCCAGACUCCUCAUUCUGUGUUCAGUUCUGAGUUUUUCUGCUGUCUCCCUCACUGUCAGACUAUUACAGCAUGUUUUUCUUUGUUGCCAAUACAACUUGCCCUUCACAGUCUGUUCUUUCUUAGCUGGCCAUCGCCUACAAACUAAGCUAGCCAGGCUUGUUAUAAUUCUAUGUGAAAUAAGAGUUCAUAGAUGAAGGCCUCUGCUAGGGGUCGAGUGUCUGGGUCCUAAUAAGGAUUCCUCAUUAGCUCAGAGAUCUUUCUGGCUUCUCCUAAGUUUACAGCUGUGUUCUGCAAGCUAAAGCUGCAAUAAGUCUGAUCUUUGAAUGAGUGAGGAUUUAUUGGGCUAAAUUUGAUUCUGAAAUGGGUAUUUAACAAUUGUCAUUUGAUAAUGAUGAGGUCUGGACUCCUUCAAAAUCUUUGAGCAAAUAAGCUUUGCCUAGCAGUGCUACCUGCAUGAUCUUUUUGGAGAAAUACCGGGAUGCAGGAAGAAGGUAUUCAUCAUCAGAGAAAAACACAGUGUUGCAUCCUAAUAUUCUCAGGCUCAGAAGAUUCGUAAGUCUCAGUCUCUCUUUCUCAUUCCUUGACCAUGCUGCUCUUUUACCUCCUCCAAAUGCAGAUUCUGAUAUUUGCUUUUUUUGUUCAAUCUUUCUCUUUCUAAAUGUACAUGUUCUCUCUGACACGGUCACUCUGCUUGUCUCUUUCUUUCUUUGUUUUAUUUUAGUUGGUAUCUCUGCUGCUCUAUAUUUGGGCCCAGUUCCAUGUAUCUUUGUGUCUGUUUUUUGAUGCAUCUCCAAGACUCUUCUGCUUGACUUUUGCUCUAUCUCUGCUGACCCACACUCUAACACUCACUGUCUAUCAGUCUUCUCUGGGUAUCAUUGUUUAAACAAAGCAAAAGUCAGUGUACAAACAGUGUUGGGAUCGCCCAGAGGCAGAUAAACAUGGUAGCCUACCUUCACUGUUUGUCCUUUUCCUCGAUGUCAGGUGGGGAGUGGAUGAGCAAUGGCCUCAGUCCCUAGACACUGUGCAAGACCCUGAUAGUCAGUGUCCCGCCCUGAGGCUCCACUCCCUUGACAAUGGAUCUGAAAACUUUCUUGUACUCAGAAUCAUCAGACAGAAAGGCCCACCCUUGUAGUCCCUGACCACCAUGUUAUGUAGAUGGCUGCUCCCAGUAGUUAAGAAAUUCAUGAAUGGGAGGAUGGUUCCCAGGAACAUUCACCCAGCAACAAAAAAAUUAAACACAAAUUGGGGCCUGAAUUUCUGUGGCAAUCAAUGACUGAAAAAAAAUAGAAAAAAGAAGGACAUGACCUUUUUAAAGACAGAUGAAGACUCAUUUUCAGUAACUAGAAUCCUAAAAACUAUUUUAAUCUGAAUGCAGAUAAUUGUUUACCCACAGUUUUGUAACAAUGACUUCAUUGACAUGCAGAAUCGAAUACUAUGAUCACCACCAGCAGCCAGAAAACCCUAUUCUUUGCCCAAGGAACAGUAGAAAUGUAGACUAGACAGACAAACAGGAUCUCCUAUUUUGCCUCAUUAGUGCCACACUCUACACAACUAUAGUCAUGAAGGGGUCACAUUUGGUUAUAAUUACUAUUAGAAUAAUAUGGGAGUGUGAUGUUUAUAGUGGAAACUUGCCCAUGACUUAUGUAACCAUUUCUGCUGACAAAUUUUAGGAUCUAAAACCUUUGUGGGUUUUUUUGUUUUGUUUUUGUUUGUUUUUUGAGACAGUCUCUCUCUGUCCCCAGGCUAGAGUGCAGUGGCACCUCUGCCUACAGGGUUCAAGCGAUUCUCCCACCUCAACCUCCCAAGUAGCUAGGACCAUAGGUGUACAUCACCAUGCCCUGCUAAUUUUUUUGUAUUUUUAGCAGAGAUGGGGUUUCACCAUGUUGGCCAGGCUGGUCUCAAACUCCUGACCUCAAGUGGUCUGCCUGCCUCGGCCUCCCAAAGUGCUGGGAUUACAGGCGUAAGCCAUCGCGCCCGGCCCACGAUCUAAAAACUUUCUACGUUUCCUCCAUCGUUGGCAUCCUCACAGCUAUCUCCAGUGUCACUCAAGAGACAUCAACAAACAUUUAACUGCUGAAACCUUCAUUGCUCUGUCACCUCACCUUGAUUCUAACAAAUCAAAGUAUUUCUGCAGGUCCAACAGUCUAAAAUUAAAUGCUUAUUAAAUUACUUUGUACAACACCCCUUACUUUCCUAAUCCAUUUCAAUAUCUUAUUUUUUUUUUAUUGUGGUAAAAAACAUAUCACGUAAAAUUUACCAUCUUAACCAUUUUUAAGUCUAUAGUAUGGCAGUGUUAACUCCAUGCAUGCUGCUGUGCGACAGACCCCCAGAACUUUCUCAUCUUGUAAUUCUGAAGCUCUAUACGCAUUGAACAACUCCCCUUUCCCCCUUCCCCCUGCCUGGCCCAGCUCUUGGCGCCAUUAUUCUGCUUUCUGAUUUUGAGAGUCUGACUACUUAAGAUACCUCAUACAAGUGGGAUCUAGCUUACAUUUCUUGAGCAUUGUAUUCUGGAAAAGUGUUUCCUUCCUCUGAAAAAUGGGUAGAGUUCUGAAGGAGAACUACUGGUGUUAUUGUAUCACUUGCUGUACCUAUUUUUAUUUAACAAAUAUUCGUCUAUGGUAUAAUAAAAAUGUCAUGAUUGAGUUGCUCACUGGAA